ACAACAAAUAAUUUUCUUUACCACCGAAAGGCAUGAACAUGCUUUCAACCAAGUCUUCACUAAAGUCUCUCCUUCAAACAACUGAGAGUGAGCAUAACCCAUUAACCAUGUCUGAUGAUCAGAUUUUGGAGCAAAUUUACUCUACCCAUGUUCACAGUGACACCAAGUUUGAUGUAGACUCUCUUUUCACCCUUGUUGAGAACACCCUUAGACGUUCAACCCACAUUGUCGACAAUGUUGUUCAGGGCUCUCAACCAAGCUUGGAAAACCUAGACGACAAGAUCCCCCAAUUCAGUUCUCCACUCUGUACCCUGAAGCAGAUUUCUUCCGAGAUGUCAUGCAAGCCUCCAAGUGAGGAAAUUGCUCACAAAACUACACUUGCCAUACUUAACAAGCUCUCCAAAUAUGAGUGGGACGCAAAAGCGGUUUUGACUCUGGCGGCUUUUGCGUUGGAGUAUAGUGAGUUCUGGUUGCUAGCUCAGCAUCAACCAACAGAUCCUCUUGCUAAAUCUGUGGCUGUUCUGAAGCGAGUGCCAGUGCUGACAAGGCCCGCAGCACUUCAAAAGCACCGCCAAGCCAUUAUUGAGGUGAACAAUUUGGUGAAAGCAACUUUGCAAGUGAUUGAGGUAAUUUUUGAGUUGGAGAAGCUUACCACUUAUGACACAAAGGAUGUGCCUGCUUUGGGGACUGCAAUUGAGCAAAUUCCCGUUGAUGUCUAUUGGGCCAUCAUCACUAUCGCUGCAGUUGUUACUCAGAUUGAUUGCCUCACCACUGAAUCGGAGCACAAGCAAGAGCUGUCUCACUAUGGUCAAAAGCUCAACAUCAUACUCAGCAAACUGAGGAAGCAGAUCACGCUCUGUGGACAACAGAUAGAUGAGGCAGAAUAUUAUCGUAGGCUCAGGAAACUUUUCCAAACCCCCACUGAAAUAAUGGUGGUGUUUAAGGUUUUGAUUUUCAACAAGGAUGCUCCACAGCCCCUGUUUGAUGGUGCAACUAAGACCACGGUUGACAUAUCUGUGCUAAAAAAGAAGAACGUGUAUCUGUUUAUUUCUACCCUAGACAUCACGGAGGAAGAGAUUUCAGUACUUCGACCAGUUUAUGAUUCAAUUAAAACUAAUGAUCAGUAUAAGAUUGUGUGGAUUCCCAUUGUGGAGGAAUGGACCGAGCAGCUGCGCAAGAAAUAUGAGGUUGUAAAAAGCAAGAUGCGUUGGUAUGUGGUGCAACCCUUUGGAACCAUAGCUGGGUAUAAGUACAUUAAGGAGGAAUGGCACUUCAAAAAGAAGCCCAUGGUUGUGGUGUUGAGUCCUCAAGGGAAGGUGCAGCACACAAACGCAUUCCAUUUGAUUCAGGCUUAUGGAAUGAAGGCUUUUCCAUUUACAACUUCGAAUGAAGAAAGCAUAAACAAAGAGUUCGAGUGGGUUGGCUCUGUUGUAGGCGGCAUUCACCCCAACAUAGACGCUUGGAUCAAAGAGAAAAAGUACAUUUUCUUUUACGGAGGCAAUGACAAAGAGUGGAUUCAACAGUUCACUAAGUAUGCGACUGCCCUUGCAAACGAUUCUGUCAUAAAAGAGGCAAAGAUUUCCAUAGAAUUAUUUUGUGUGGAAAAGGAGGACAAAAGCCUCGUGAGACGCUUUUGGAGUGGCAUUGAGAGUUUGUUUGUGACAAAGGUUCACAAGACAGUUGAUGCAGUGACUCAGGAAGUGCAAAAGAUGCUCUCUUACAAGAAUGAAACUGGAUGGGCUCUCCUCAGCAAAGGGUCAUCUGUGGUGGUGAGUGGUCAUGGAAACACAAUCUUGAAGACAGUGGCAGAGUUUGAGAAGUGGAGAGAAGUUGUGGUCAAGAAGGGCUUUGAGUCCUUUGAGUUAUGCUUCAAAGAAUACCAUGAGAAGAUUGUGAGCACCACUCACCGUUGCUCACACCUUGAAAUUCCUAAUGUUGCAGGAAAGUUACCAGAGACCAUAAAAUGCCCUGACUGUCCUAGGACUAUGGAGAUUUCCAUCAGCUAUAAAUGUUGUCAUAAUGAGACUACCGCCAAUGCCAUACCCUAG